UGAUUCUUCUUCGUCCUUUUAAAAAGUUUCUGCCUUUUUAAGGUAUUUUUCGCAUAAAGCUUAGGCCUUUAUGAUCAUCUGAUACGAAUAUAUACAUAUCAGGAAACAUUCUGCUACAGAGUUUCAGUUGGGUUCUAAAGUUCAUUUGCUGAGUUUGAGAAAUCAAAAAUUACUUGCCGUCAGAGAUGGAGGAGAUUUGCAACGGUGGGAUCUCGAACGGCGACGUUUUGGGUAUCUCUGCUUCUUCUAAGCGGGAGAAGCUCAUUAUCGAUACAGACCCAGGAAUCGAUGAUAGCAUGGCGAUAAUGAUGGCGUUUCAAACACCGGAGCUGGAGAUAUUAGGACUCACCACUGUCUUUGGUAAUGUUUCUACACAAGAUGCUACUCGCAACGCCUUACUCCUGUGUGAGAUUGCUGGCUUCCCUGAUCUUCCUGUGGCUGAAGGAAGCUCCGAACCCUUAAAGGGUGGGAUUCCACGUGUUGCUGAUUUUGUUCACGGUAAAAAUGGACUAGGAGAUGUCUCUGUUCCUCUUCCUAGUAGAAACAAAUGUGACAAAAGUGCAGCUGAGUUUCUAGUUGAGAAGGUCUCUGAGCAUCCUGGUGAAGUCACCAUUCUCGCCCUCGGACCUCUAACCAACCUUGCAAUAGCCAUCAAACGAGAUAGUUCAUUUGCCAGUAAGGUGAAGAAGAUUGUUAUACUCGGUGGAGCUUUCUUUGCUUUGGGGAAUGUCAAUCCUGCAGCUGAAGCCAAUAUAUAUGGUGACCCGGAAGCAGCUGAUGUUGUGUUCACUUGUGGUGCUGAUAUCACUGUUGUUGGGAUAAACAUCACUACCCAACUUAAACUAACUGAUGAAGACCUCUUAGCCCUGCGUGACUCCAAGGGGAAACACGCCAAGUUAUUAAGUGACAUGUGCAAGUUCUACAGAGAUUGGCACGUCAAAUCUGAUGGUGUUUACGGAGUUUACCUCCAUGACCCGGUCAGCUUUGUGGCUGUAGUUCGGCCUGAUCUGUUCACAUAUAAGAAAGGCGUUGUUCGGGUGGAAACACAAGGAAUAUGUGUUGGCCACACUCUCAUGGAUCAAGGCCUCAAGAGAUGGAAUGGGAGCAAUCCAUGGGUGGGAUAUUCACCAGUAUCAGUGGCGUGGACGGUUGAUGUGGAUGGAGUUUUGGAAUAUAUCAAAGGGAUGCUGAUGAAGCCAUAAGUAUGUGAAUGUUUCAUUGUAAAUGGCAUCAUCACAUUCAUCUUAUUCUGGUUCUUACUAGAUUCUCAACUCAAGAUCUGUAUUUAAACUGUAUAAAUGCUAGAAUUUGAUUUUAAAAAAAAUAUAAUGGAUGAAAAUUAUCUCUCUU